AUGAUAGUUAAGUUAAGGCUUGAGUCAGAAUUUAUCCAAGGUAUUGUAAAAGUGAUAUUGCUUAAAUUGAGUUCUUUGUUCCCCAAAGAUACCAACGGCUUAGUAGGAAUUGAUUCUCAAGUGGAGAAAUUGAUGUCGCUUUUAGCCAUAGGAACAAAUGAUGUUCGCAUUAUUGGGAUUUGGGGGAUGGGGGGUAUUGGUAAGACAACUCUUGCUAGAGUUGUUUAUGACAAGGUUUUUAAUGAAUUUGAAGGUGGUUGUUUUAUUGCUAAUGUUAGGGGUGAAUCUAAAAAAUGUGAGCUACUUCCAUUACAACAAAAACUUAUUCGUGAGAUUUUGAUGGAUAAUAGUGUGAAUAUAAGGGAUGAUUAUGAUGGAGUUCGUAUUAUCAAGAAUAGGUUAUGUCAUAAAAAGGUUUUUCUUGUUCUUGAUAAUGUAAAUCAAUUCAAUCAGCUAGAAAAGUUAGCCGGGGACUCUAAAUGGUUUGGUCUAGGUAGUAGAGUCAUUAUAACAACAAGAGAUGAACAUUUGUUGACAAGGCAUAAGGUACAUGGAAUAUAUGAGGCUCAAGGAUUGAAUGAUUAUGAGGCUCUUCAUCUUUUUAGUUUGAAGGCCUUUAAUAAAUACCAUCCUCCUGAAGAUUAUCUAGACUUGUCCACAUCUUUUGUAGAUUAUGCUAAAGGUCUUCCUUUAGCUAUUGAUGUUUUGGGUUCUUUUUUGUACAACAAAAGUAAGGAGGAAUGGGAAGAUGCAUUAGAUAUGAUGAAAGAAUAUCCCAAAAAAGAAAUUAUUGAAAUACUUGAAAUAGGUUUUGAUGGACUUCAGGGUACAGAAAAGGAAAUAUUUCUACAUAUCGCAUGUUUCUUCAAUAUGAAGGAAAAAGAUUAUAUCGUAGAAAUACUAGAUUGUCUUGGCCUUCACCCUAAAAUUGGAUUAAAGGUUCUCAUUGAAAGGUCUCUUUUAAAAUAUUAUGAAAAUAAAUAUUGGAUGCAUGACUUACUCCAACAAAUGGGACAAGACAUAGUUCGUCGAAAUUAUCCUCAAGAACCUGAAAAGUGGAGCAAAUUGUGGCUAUAUAAGGACAUUCACAAUGUGUUGAUGAAAAAUAUGGAAAUGGAAGCAAUUCAAGGACUUGUCCUUGAAUUGGGUGAACUAUAUAUAUUUGAAAUGGUACGUUGGAAUCUUGAAGCCUUUCCAAAGAUGCCUAACCUAAAAUUGCUUAUAAUUCAUGGUGUUCAACUUUUGCAUGGCCCCAAAAAUCUUCCUAAUAAAUUAAGAAUUCUUGAUUGGAGUGAGUAUCCUUCAAAAUCUUUGCCAUCAGAUUUUCAACCAGAUGAGCUUGUUGAACUUCACUUGUUGCAUAGCAAAAUUGAACAGCUUUGGAAAGGGACAAAGUACUUGGACAAGUUAAAGCUCAUCGAAUUAAACAAUUCCUUAAACCUCAUUGCAACCCCUGACUUCACCAAAGCUCCCAAUCUUGAGAAAUUGGUUCUUAAUGGUUGUAUAAAUUUACAUGAGGUUCACCCAUCUGUUAUGGUUCUUAAAAAGCUUACUUUUCUUGAUUUAGAAAAUUGCAAAAGCCUUAGAAGUCUUCCAAACAAGUUUGAAAUGGAAUUACUUGAAAUUCUCAUUCUUUCUGGCUGUUCAAAAAUCAAGAGAAUUCCAGAAUUCAUGGAAAAUAUGAAACGCUUAUCAAAACUUCACCUAAAUGCCACUGCUAUUACAAAACUUCCAUCUUCAGUUGAACAUUUGACUAACCUUGCUUCAUUGCAAUUAAGAGAUUGCAAGAAUCUUGUGUGUCUUCCAAGUAUCAUCUGUAGCUUCAAGUCACUAAAAGAUAUUAAUUUGGCUGGAUGCUCGAAGCUUGAUAGUCUACCUGAGAAGCUGUGGAAUGUUAAAAGUCUAGAGAAGGUCAAUGUGAGUGGAAUUUCUUUAAGAGAGUUGCCUUUAUCUGUUGUUACAUUAAAGAAUCUUAAAGAACUAUCUUUUCGGGGAUGUAAAGGGCCACCACCUAAACUACUAUGGAGUAAGCUUUUCCCCUUUAAUUUAAUGCCAAAAAGAAGCCUAAAUCCUGUGAGUUUGUUUUUGCCUUCCCUCUUGGGUUUGUCUUCUUUAACGAAAUUGGACCUAAGUGACUGUAAUCUCCAAACAAUCCCUAAUUAUAUUGGAAACUUAUCCUUUAUAAAAAAUUUAAAUCUAAGUGAAAAUCACUUUAGUUGCCUUCCUGAAAGUAUCGCGCAACUAUCUGAAUUGUUGGUAAUUGAUUUACGCAAUUGCACAAGACUUCGUUCAUUGCCACAAUUGCCAUCAAUGACUAAAUUUUUUGAAGCAGAUGGUUGUACCUCAUUGGAAACAUUUCCAAAUGGAUUAAAACCAAAAAAUACAUACACUACAGAUCUUUUCCUCGUCAAUUGCUUCAAAUUGGCUAGUCGGAGUGACAUGUUCUUUAACGUGCUGAGAAUGCUAUUAACAUUUCAUCAGGAAAUCCACAAGCAAUCUAUAAUAAUAGGUCUCUACGGUGCCUUUAAUAUUGUUAUUCCUGGAAGUGAAAUUCCGAAAUGGUUUAGGCAUCAGAGUGUGGGGAAUAGAGUUAAUGCACAAGUUACUCAUCAGAAUGAAAAUAAGUGGAUUGGAAUCGCUGUGUGUGCUAUGUCAUGCCCCAAUUUUUAUCGUUAUGAUUUUGGGCGUUCUUUGAGAUGUCACAUUUUAAUCAAUGAACAUGAAGGUUUACACCUUUUUGUAGGCUGUUGCCCUAGAUGUGUUCAGAUUAAAUCACAUCACCUUUGGAUGUGCUAUUUACCCUAUCAAAUGUUUAAUGAGAAUGAAAGAGCAGUAUUGGGUCAAAUUGAUGAGAAUGGAUUCAUACAGAUGGAGCUUAGAUUUCGAUGGGUUCCCAAGCAUGACGUGGAGAUUAAGAAAUGUGGGUUUCAUCUAGUAUACGAACAAGACAUUGAAGACAUCAGAGAAAUGAUAUCAGCUCAAUCCAACAAUAGCACCUUCAUCACUCCUUACGAGGAUGUUCAUCAUAAUUCAACAGAAGGAAUCAAAUUGAAGCGAAGCCGUAAUGAAUAUGAGGGGCUUGGAGCUAGAGGUGAAGGCAGCUCUAACGAUGUCCCACACUCAAAGAGGAUUGAAAAAUAG